GCUCGCUGUGUGGUUAAAUAUCCUUGGCGCAUACUUUACGCUUUUAUUACAAAUAAUGCUGAUAAUUAUGUGUGAACAGACAUCCAGAGAGGGACAGUUUCCGCGUCGACUCGAUGCUAUUGGUGUGGCCUAAGCUGAGCGGUGAUGGUUUCCUUUCGGCGGGUUCAGUGAAGCGCUGCACCGCUCAUUGUGACUGUUAGACUGCCGCUGUGCAGCACGAUGGAGGUCGAGCCAAAGAUGCCCCAAGGCGAGAGCGACUAUGCUCUGAGACCCGUGGACCUGAAGGGGGCCGACGAGGGACCAGUGGACGCGGUGGCGCAGAGACCCACAUGGAGCGGGCGGCUGGACUUCAUUCUGGCGUCGGUGGGCUACGCGGUGGGCCUGGGCAACGUGUGGAGGUUCCCCUACCUGUGCUACAGCAGCGGAGGAGGUGCCUUUGUGGUGCCGUAUCUCAUCAUGGUUCUCCUGUGUGGCAUUCCUCUGCUCUUCAUGGAGUUUGCUAUUGGGCAGUACACUCGCUUAGGGCCAGUGCAUGCUCUCAUCAAAAUAUGUCCCUUGUUGAAAGGUGUUGGUUUGGCCACAGUUGUUAUCUCCUUUGUGUUCUCCACGUACUACAAUGUGCUCAUGAGCUGGACACUUUACUAUUUCUUCAACUCGUUCGGAGCGACCCUCCCCUGGACAUCCUGCAACAACACCUGGAAUGCUGUCGGAAACUGUUCCAGUGGUUUGCCCGGCAACAGCACCCACCUGCAGUCGGCCAGCCAACAGUUCUUUGAUCACAGUCUACUGCAGAAAACCAGUGGCAUUGAAGAAGCUGGUGGCAUUCGCUGGGAACUCUUUGGCUAUCUAAUCUUAUCCUGGGUCAUCGUGUAUUUAUGCAUAUUUAAAGGAGUCAAAUCCACUGGCAAGGUCGUGUAUUUCACUGCGAUAUUCCCAUACUUCAUCCUGUUUGCCCUGCUCAUCAACAAUGUGCAGCUUCCUGGAGCAAAAAAUGGUAUCCUCUACUUUGUGACACCUGUCUGGGGAAAAUUGUUUGAAGUGAAGGUCUGGGUUAAUGCCGCUGCCCAGGUGUUUAACUCCAUUGGAAUAGCGUUUGGCUCCAUGAUUUCGAUGGCUAGUUACAACAAGUUCAACAACAACAUUCUCCGGGACGCUUUAAUUGUAUCAGUUACCAACUCAUUCACGAGUAUCCUGGCUGGCUUUGUGAUCUUCUCAGCUAUUGGCUACAUGGCUCAUAUACAUAACCUUCCAGUGGAAAACAUAGCGACAGAUGGUCCUGGUUUGGUGUUUGUUGUGUACCCUGAAGUCCUCUCCACCAUGCCUUUCUAUCAGCUGUGGGCACCUCUGUUCUUCUUUAUGCUGCUGUGUCUAGGCCUGGACAGUCAGUUUGCCACAGUUGAAGUGGCUAUAACAUUCAUAAAAGAUGAGUUUGGCCCCCAAAUUCUGCGUUUCCUAAAGAGGGAGGAGCUGCUGACCCUGGUUAUGUGCAUCGUUGGCUUUAUCCUGGGGAUUCCUCAUGUCACCAAGGGAGGCAUAUUUGUGUUCCAGUUGAUGGACCACCACACCGCUGUGGUGUCACUUGUGUUCCUGGCUUUCUUUGAAGUUGUCGCUGUGUGCUGGGUCUUUGGAGUCCCAAGACUCUGCCUAAUGGUCGAGAGGAUGCAAGGAAAAACUCCAAACAUCUACUUUCGUGUGUGUUGGCGGCUGAUCUGCCCACUAUUGGUGCUGUGUAUACUGAUAUCCAGUCUUGUCCAGUACACUCCUGCUCACUAUGGGAAGUAUACAUACCCAGCAUGGGCUGAAGUGAUGGGCUGGGGCGUCUCACUGGUCUCCAUAGUGUGGAUCCCCCUCGGAGCUAUUCACGAGAUCUCUAGGCACAAAGGCUCACUUCUACAGCGACUUAAAACGGCUAUGAUUUCCACAAUCGACCUGGAUGCUGAUGAUUCUUUGCCGGAAAAACAAAACUUGGAAAACCCGGCAUCGGAAAACUUGUUUACUUCAGUGACAUGACAAAAGAAUUAUAUGGCAUACCAAAUCCUGUUAAAGGGCUUUAAAUCAAAGGACAUAUUUAAUGAUGAAAUAAAAAUUGACUUCAGUAGCAUUCAAAACUAUUGUAUACCUUGUAUAAAUGAAAAUCUAAAAUCUUGUCCUUUAAAUAAAAAGUUCAUAUGUAAACAAAGAUUAAAUUUUUUAUUAUUAUUUUCCCGUCUUUAGUUGAUUAAUCAGUAAAGACAUUUAAAAAGCCUGGUAUAUGCAGUGAUGUGUGAAUAAGAGUGUAUGAGUUAUAAAAGGCGUAUAAUGUAUCUGUA